AUGUCGCGGGGGGACAAGCUCUUCGCCACCCUGGACCUCAACUUCCACCACCUCGCCAUCGCCGCAGACAUGCAACGCUUCUUCACCUUCCGAGUGGCACAGGGCUGCAACAAACAUACCCGACUGCCGGUCGGGGUCAACCCGGCCACACACGCAUCCUCUGCUGCGCUCAAGACUGCCCUGGCGCCAGUGGCCGACGUGUGCACGUUCUACGUGGACGACAUCACCGUGUACUCCGACGCAUGGGAAGUGCAUGUGCGUGGCGUUCACCGGGUGCUUGCCGCCCUGGACCACGCCAGCGCCAAUCCCACCAUCGACAAAGGCUCACUGGCCUACUUCAUCCGAGCGUGGAUUCCGGACCCCAGCACGGUCGCGGUUAUGGUGAUGGACCUGGCCAACAUCGACUCCGGGGCACGCUUUGGCAUGUCGCCGGAGGCGGAGGCCUCGUUCACAGCCACCAAGCGAGCCAUUGCCAACAUCGGCUCGCUGCGGGCCCCGGACAUCUCGGCGCCCUUUUUCCCUUGCGGCGACGCGUCGGCCGAAGGCGCGCUGGCCAUGGGCUUCGCCGUCUCCCAAGGACGGGCGGCGAAGGACAACACCCGAGUGUUGGUUAUCAUCGACCUGUUCGCGCCGCACAUCUGGGCGCCAAUCGUACCCACCCGAUGCUCGGCCAACAUCCUCACCGAGGCCAUUGACCCGUACAACAACACACCCACCACCCUGGGCUGUUCGCCCAAACUCAUCGCCCAUGGACCGGCGACGGGUGACAUGAUCGGAUCCAUCUCGGAACUGAAUGCCCCAUCUCAUGCGGAGACUAAGGCCGAGGUCCGGAAGAACCACCAGAAGGAGGGACAACAGCGGACGGAGAAGCGCGCGAAGACUUCGCGCCCGCACAACAUCCAGCCGGGGGACUGCGUCGUUCCCGUGUCCACCGACCGGGACAAGAUCAUGGCCCCAUCCCCGGGACAGGCGGCACACCCGCCCAUCCGACCGGCUGACCUCGCCUCAACCAACGUACUGAAGCUUGCCUCCAGGCCGCACGGACGGACAACCGAUCUGAAAGCCGAACAACUCACCGGCGCCCCGGCGCACGGACACCCCCGGCCCGACCAGCCGGACAUCCUGGCGUCGCUCUUCGGCCGCGGCCGCCGGAUGAUAGCCCUCCUCGGGGCCGGGGUGUCCACGGCGGCCGGCAUCCCGACCUUCCGCGGCCCGGAGGGCGUGCACAACGCCGGCGCCCGGGCCUUCCAGGCGCUGGGGCUCGACCCGGAAGCCAUUAGCACCUCGCCCUGCCCUCGCACCGGCGCAGUCAAUGUCUUCGAUGCCAAUAUGCACAAGGAGGACCGCGGGGGCAAGACAACGGCCGAGUGUGGCUGCCUAUCCCGGGCCUAG